GGAGAAGGAAGUAUCUGAAAAAAUUAUUUAAAAGAAAAAUUGAUAUUUCUCAAUUUACAUUUUUUCCCCAGAAGAGGGUCUUUCUCUGCCAAGAAAGAAAAGAAGAAAAAAACAAAUUCUCUUUCCUUAUUUAUUACUUCUUUUGCUCUCUCUCUCUCUCUCUCUAUCCAUUCCAAAUUCUGUGUCCUGAAUCGUAUAUAAGAAUCAGAAUAAUUCUCUAAGCAUCUAUUGUUGUUCUUGUUUCUCUCUCUGCUUCCUUAUUGUUAUAUAUCUAAGGUGGUUUGGUUUAUUGGUAUAGCGUAUGAUUUGAGUGGAGAUUAUUUACUACAUCCAUAUUCUUCAUCCCCUUCUUGGUAAUUGUACAUAUAUCAUGACUUCGGUCAUCAAGAUGGACGGUGAUGAUCAGCUCCCAAGUUCUCUUCACCAUUUAUCUCUCCAAGAUCAGGGGGAAAUGUCGAAUAAGGCAGAGAUUCAAGAAAAUGGGUUUGGGAUUCAUGGUGGGGUUUGUGCGAUAUGCUUGGAUAAGAUAGUGCUUCAGGAAAUUGCUCUGGUAAAAGGUUGCGAGCACGCAUACUGUGUGACUUGCAUCCUUCGAUGGGCCUCAUAUGGUAAAAAUCCAAGCUGUCCUCAGUGUAAGAAUCCAUUUGAGUUCCUCAAUGUUCAUCGAUCACUUGAUGGCAGCAUCCAUGAUUACAUGUUUGAGGAAAGUGUCUGCCUCCUUCUGAGGGCAACUUGGUUUAAACCUUUGACUGUGGUGAAUCGUGAAGUUACCUAUGAUGAUCCUGACGAUUAUUAUUAUCCAUACGAAGAAGAAGAUUGUGAUGAUGAUCUAGAUGAAGUUUACUUUAGCAGUUCAUCGAGCAUUCGCAUUGGUAACCGUAGAUGGGGAGACAAUGGAUUUGUUAGGGGUGGUCGCCAAGAAGCCAGGCCAGUUCAUAGGUCAAAUUUUGAGGACCCUGGUGCUGGUUCAUCUCGUCAGCCUAAACAAAAAGAGGCUGCAAAAGAUAAAACUGGCCGGCGAGCUAAGAGAGCACUGAAGCGUGAAGCUGCUGAUAAGGCAGCUGCUGCAAAACACGAGCAGCAUUUGGCUAGGUUCGGUAGGAAAUAGUUUCGUUCGUAUUUUCUGUAAUUACAUCAUUUUCCUGAACCCGGUUUGAACCCCUCUUGUACAGUAUUUCCUUUGUUUUUUCAACAUUCCAAAUGUAAAAAAAAAAAAAAAGAAUGUCAGAAUUAACUCUUGUGAAAUAAUAAGGGGUUAAGGACUCGUGGAUAUCAAAACGGUUUUUCUUUGUUGUAUCAAGGAAAUUCAAUUUUAAAUUUCAUUCGACUUUGAUUUAAA